UAGCGGUUCUUUUUCUGGGCUGAGCCUUUGGAAUAUGUCUCUCCGGGCUAACUUUGACAGUGCGGCAGAAAACGUAAGGCAAUUAAAGGCCAGACCGAGCGAUGAUGAGUUGAGGGAGCUCUAUGGACUCUACAAACAGUCUACUAUGGGAGACAUCAAUAUUGAAUGUCCAGGAAUGCUAGACUUGAAAGGCAAAGCCAAAUGGGAAGCUUGGAACCUUAAGAAAGGUAUGUCAAAGGAAGAUGCCAUGAAGGCUUACAUUUCUCAAGCAAAUGAGCUGAUACAGAAAUAUGGAAAGUAGAGUUCCUGCAGUCAUACUAACUCUUCAGUAGCUGACAAAUAGUUUGAAGGCAAGAGUACUACUCACUUUGCGGUCCACACAGAACUUUAUUGUCAGAAAUUCAACUCUACAAAUUGUAUGCAGGCUGUAUUUGUUUACAAUAAGGUUUUACUUCUAGUUUGGCGUUAUAAAAAAUCCAGUGUUUAAUAAAAUUUCACAGUUCAGGCCACUUAAAAGUUGAAGACUGUCAGUUUUGAAAGACAUUUACAUAAUCCUUCAUACUGUGAUAAAAUAAUUAAGUUCUUUAAGAAUGCUGGUGAUGUUUGGUUACUGAAGAUGUCACUGUUAAAUUUUCUUCAACUCUUUCACAGCUUCCUGGGUUUCUCUGUGGACUGAAUGUUUGAAAGUGUUCUUAUCAACAAGGAUUCUGGGAUAUUUUUGUUGAGAAACUAUGGUUACUCAUAAGCAGGAAAUGGCUAUAGUGUGGAGUCACAGAUAAAAGGCAGAAGGGGAGACGGAACCCUGAGCUCACUGGGUGGAGGAAUGUUCUCUCACCAUCUUUCUUCCAUGUAAAGUCACAGGAACCACUGGUGGAACCAGAGAGCAGGAUAAUGGCUGCCAGUCUCCCCUCCCACUUUUUCCCUUGGAGCCAUAAAAGUUUAUAAGGCCACACAUCAGAAUAUAUCUCGUUGGCCUGCACUCACUUCUAUGCAGCACACUUCAAACCAUUCAAAGAAAGUAUAUUGCAGGGGUGUCAAGCAUAAGGCCGGCCCAUCCAUGGUUCCUAUGUGGCCCGGGAGCAACUAGUGCAAGGGAGGGAACUGGAGACUGUUUGGGGGAGUAGGCGGAGCCACUCGGGUUGUGGCUCCAGCAUGGCGGAACAACUUUCUCUGCAGCAGUCAAGCAGCGUGGGAGCAUCUACCCAGUGCUGCACCUCUGGCUCACCAGUCUGCCCAUAUGGGUUUUCCUUUGCACCCCCCUCCCAGUCCAUGGGGCCUUGCAGUGAGGAUACGCCAACUCAGAGCUUACCAGUUGCUGUCCUUUAUACAGUUUAUACGCCUGGUUCUUGGCAUUACAUUUGGCACACGUGACCUGGCCCAACAAAGUGACAUGUCAGAUCUGGCCUUCAUAACAAUUGAGUUCGACACCUCUGGUAUAUUGUAUAAAAGGUUAUCCUAUCUGGUGUUUUGUGUAUG